AUGGCACCCACCAACCCCGACUACACCACCUACACCACCCUCUCCUUCGACUGCUACGGCACCCUAAUCGACUGGGAACGCGGCAUAACCGCCGACCUGGCCCCCCUCCUCACCCACCUCCCCCCAACCCACCCUUUCCACGCCACCCCGAAACUCGCCCUCCUCCGCUUCAACGCCCUCUCCGAACACCUCUGGGCAACCCAGCCCAAACUAGCCUACGACGCCAACCUGACUGAGGCCUUCCGCCUGCUCGCUCAGGAGGUCGCCCAGGAAUCUGGAAUCAAAGGGCCGCUAGUAUCGGAAGAGGACCUGCAGAAAAUCGGCACAGGUCCCGGCCGCUGGCCCGCCUUCACCGACACGGUGGACGCGCUGAAGCGGCUCGGCAAUCGAUACAAGCUGGUGAUUCUCAGCAACGUGAACGAGGCCAAUAUCGCGCGGGCGGUGGCUGGGCCGUUGGCUGGAGCCCGGUUUGAUGCGGUGUACACGGCCGAGGCGAUUGGUAGUUAUAAGCCGGCUAAGGCAAACUUUGAGUACCUUUUUGCUGGGGUCAAAAAGGAGUUUGGGGUGGAACGGCCCGCGGCGGAUGACGGGGAGAAAGGGACGAAAGGGGGGCUGUUGCAUGUGGCGAGGAGCUUGACGGCGGAUGUGGUGCCGGCUACGGAGCUGGGGUUGAAGACGGUGUGGAUUGCUAGGGGCGGUGAUACGCCGGAGGGGUAUGGUACGGGGGGUGAUUAUCUGAAGUUGAAGGGGGAGGGGAAGGUUGUGUUUGAGGGGGUGUUUCAGACGCUGGGGGAGUUUGCUGAUGAGGUGGACCGGCAGUUUGGAGAGAAGGAGCAGAAGGAAUAG